AGCUCAUUCGCUGAGACGUGAGACCCGCUAUGGCAGGCAUCCAGGUGGCCGUGCUGUGCCUGCUGCUGGCUGCGCAGCUGCAGCUGGUGACGCCACGUGCGGUGCGGCUGCGAACGCGAGCCCACGGCCGCAUCAUAGGCGGCUCCGAAGCCAGCAUCGAGGACUACCCGUGGAUGCUGGCCCUGAAGUAUGCCGGUAGCCAACAGUGCGGCGCCUCCAUAAUCGGAACCGAGUGGGUCCUGACUGCCGCCCACUGCGUCAGCUACUACAGAGCGCCGUACCAGUCGCUGUACAGCGUGCGCGCCGGGUCCUCCGACCGUAGCAGUGGGGGCGUCGUGCUGGACGUGGCCGAGGUCUACGUACACGAACAGCACGACAGCAUUUCUGGCGACUACGACAUUGCAGUCAUGCGGGUGAAUGGUUCAUUUCCACUGGGCCCCAACGUGGCAAUUGUGAACCUUCCAGAGGAUGGAUACGACCCGGCAGCCGGAGUCGCAGUCACAGUGACCGGCUGGGGAACAACUGAAACGACCGAAACCAGAAUCUUGAGAAAAGUGGACAUCGUCGUCAGGGACCGGUCCGCGUGUAACUUCCCGUCCACGGGACGUGAAGUGACGCCACGCAUGCUGUGCGCUGGAGAGUCGGGCGAGAGCGUGUGCUACGGGGACUCUGGUGGUCCUCUGGUGAGCGGCAGCACGCAGCUGGGUAUCGCGUCGUGGAUAAGUGGCUAUUGCCUCCGUGGGGGCGGCGUCUACGCCAACGUGGGAAAUUUGCGCUCCUGGAUUACUGGGGUCACUGGCAUCUGACAGCCAUAGCGGACCAAUCCAAACUACACUAUGCGAAGCUGUACGUCCUGAGUUUUUCUCUAACCAACACAAGUGAAAUGAAACAACGCUUCUCAAUAAACCAAACCUUUGACAAAUUUAUUACAUUGAGAAAUAAACGAAUAAUAACCA